ACUGCUCCUUUCCCAUUGUUUAUCCUUUGUGCUCCCAGCUUUUGAAGAUCCUCGCGCAUAAAGUUCAGCUUUAAAACACGUACAUCGUCCUUCAGUUUCAGUGUUGCUGUCAUAAUGUUGGCCUAAUUUAAAUGUUUUUCAUCAUCACAGAAUGGUGUGUAGUUAUGUGAUCAACCAGCAGAGAAAUCAGUCGAACCAGACACUCUGAACCUUCCCACUGACUAUCCUGUUCAUCAAACAUCCAUCCUUUUUCAUUGAUUUUGGUGGCUUAAACCAGUGAAUUUUGCUGAAGAUAUCCAGCCGAAAUGAGCAUCACGAGCGUGGCAGUCAUUAGCACCCUCCUGUGCUCAGCUUGGUCAUCAACCAUUAAAGCUAAAGAUGAACACCGCACUGCUUUCUUUGGAGAGGAUGUUCAUAUUCCCGUGCCGGCUUUAGACACAUCAGAGGUGUUGUUCAAGCCGAGGGUGGAGCCGGUGUUAGAGCGGGUUCUUCUGCGGAACAGGACAAUUCUGGAUACAAGAGCCAAGCUGAACGUUCACAUCAGCCAUCUGAUUCUGGAGGAUGUGGGCGAGGAGGAUGAGGGCACAUAUGUGGUGAAGAAUUCUGCAGCCCCAGCUGAUGUCAGACGAAUCAUUCUCGUUGUUAGAGACUGUGCAUUAGAGACUGUGGUGAAAUAUGGAGACACGUAUCAUAUCCCGAUUAACCCUGCGAUCGGUCCAUACACCCUUGAGUUCAGGCCUGGAGCUCUGACUCCAGUUAACCAGACCACAGAGGAACCACCUGUGAUUCUCCUUAACCAGACCGGCAUCCCCAUGGAAGAGUACGAGAACCGCCUCACCGUGGGCGAGAAGAGGGUCAACCUCUUUCUGGUUACAGGAGCCGACGAGGGCAGUUACACCAUCAAGGACAGUGAUGAAAAAGUCAGAUUGAGGGCCUGCCUUAAUGUGAAAGAUCAUCAGAUCUUUGAGCACUUGAAUUAUGGUGAAACCUUGAAGAUCAAGCUUCACGUGGACCACACCAAAGUCAAAAUGGUCUACAUCCCAGACUCUGACCACAAAGAACGACUCAUCAUGGAUCAGGGAGAGCUGACGUUGCCUGUUGAGACUGUUUUUGAGGGUCGAGCGUCUGUGGAAGGAUCCAUAUUCUAUUUGAAGAAGAUCAAAGUCAGUGACAUGGGUGUCUUUCGAGUGAUGGACUUCUCAGGCUUCCGCAUAGCUGACGUCUACCUUCAUGUGGAACCCUAUAAGCUGCCACAACUCUAUGUUGCGAUCAUCUCCUUGCUGUCUCUGCUGGCGUUCCUGCUGUUGGUGUGUCUGCUGUCCUGUCUGAUCAAGGUCCACCGCCGGGCAGAGAGAGCACGUAAGAUCUCCCUAAUCGCUCAGCAGGCUGGCAAGGGUGAUGGAGAGGCGUUCAGACAGGUGGUUCAUGAAGUUUAUACUAGAUUCACAGAGGAGUCCACUGUGCAGUCCACAUGGGAGAACAACACUGAGAGCACAGAAGUUGAGAUCAAAGGUCUUGAGGUAUCAAAACCAGGUCAGUACCAGGCCCUCCAAUCUGACAAAAACUUCUUGGAGAUGAACGACUCAGGCGUGGAGUUCACCACGUCUGCGCUUCCUCUGGACAGUGACACAGACGUACCCGACAAUCUCACCUCUCACAAGCUCCUUAUUGAGUCCGACACUCUUGCUGGCGUCCCUCCAGCCAUUUCUGAGGGCGACCACAGUGCCACUCGCACCCCUGAUUCCAUUCUGAGCGCCAGCCCUGUUGUCCAGCCCCAAAUCUGGGGCUCAGAUAGACGGCGACUUGAUUGGCGCAACCACGCCUGAGGAGAUGGCCAAAGUGAAUGAGUUGGAUGCAAAGACGAGCAAAGAUGCUUCGCCACGUUCUGAGACAGCCGCUACAUUCGAUCCGACUAAUGGAACCACAACCUGAGCACUGCAAAUUGAGUCACCGAUUUCUUUUACACAAGUGCGGCCACUUUUCAAUUGCAACAUCACAACAACAAAUGACACUUCAUCUUGCUUGUACUCAUCUGAUGCUUAACAAAUGGUUUGUCGAACAAGCAAAAAGAGAAGAAGAAUUCAAGAGAAGACAACAGCACUCACAAAAAAUAAAUAAAAAAGAAACUUUGAAGAACAGAAACGGUCCUGCACUAUGCAUGCCUUUGAAUUACCGAGGAGUUCCUGACUAGUUUAAAGCCAAGUGCUAGAUUAGAGUGCCCAUGUAGUGCAUGUGAAGAAGAAAAAACACAUCUUAAGACACACUUGUGAAACUUGACGAUACUUUUUUUUACUUUCUUUAGCCAUGCCACUAAAGCUAGAACUUUUUACCGAGAGUGUCAAACUGCCUGAAACUCCAAGGACGCUUCAAGCAACACCUGAAGUGGAUUGUAAAUGGGUAUCUUAUUCAAGUAUUUUUCAAGCGGUUCAUCUACGAAAUGCCAAAAGAACAUUUGUUGAGUCAUUUACCAUCAAGUUGCAUUCAUUUCAAGAUCAACCUGAAUGCAUCUCACCGGCAAACACGCUUUCCCAGCGCUACACCUGAUGUGAAUGCUCUCUUUUUGACCGCCAGCUUUGAAGAGCUGUACUGAUAAUCCUUGCCGAUGGUAAACUAAACACCUUGAUGAAUCAGGUCCGCAUGGAUGACAGGUAUCUGAUACGCUGGCUUAACACUGUAAAUAGGAUCAGCCGUGGUGGAGGGUUUUGGCUCUGGUUCAGAGGAACCCCGCUGAAGAAACGGCUCGUCUCAGCAGUUUCAGGUGCUGACUCCGCUGGGGUUUCUCCACAACCUGGGCCUUUCUGAUGAUCUCUUUUUCUUCUCAUAUGAUCCUUUAUUCCCACUCAUUUAAAUAUAUUUUAGGAGCUUUGAGCUUUGUAAGACUUGCAGAAAUUUGCUUGAGAUUCACAUACAUUGACAUUUAUUCAUGAGGAAUGAUUCGUAAUAAGAAGCAAUGAACUUAGUGAGGUAGUGAGUGUAGAGGGAACUGAGUACAGGAAAAGUUUUAGUCAUAAUAUCUAAUAUGGUUUCAUAUUGUAGGUUUGAAUCAUUUGUGUUUGAAUCAUUUCUGUCAGUGCACUUGAAUCUGCCAUAAAACACAUCUAGCUGUAACAUGCUAGUUAAACAUGUCAAUUUUCCUUAAAGAGCUCAAAUUAUGGCCUUUUACAAAGUCUUCUUUCUAGUUCUACUAGAACAGGUUUUCACGCAAAAAACAUUAUUUUUUAGAUAUAUUAACAUUGUUGCAGCACCUCUCCUCCCAAUCUGUCAGUAAUGCUUUGUCUCUACGAAGCCCCUCCUUCUGAAAAGCGCAAUGUGCUCUGAUUGGUCGGUUGGACCAGUGUGUUGUGAUUGGUCAACCGCUUUGAGCGUGUUUGGGAAAUUUCACGGCCCUGACCAUAACUGCGAGGUUCAACACACUACUAAUGCAACUCAACAAGGCCUCGCCCCUUUAUUUGCAUAUGCCUUGGGCGGGAAUUAUUUAAAUGAGGGAUUUUGCAACUGGCGUUCCCAGAAGAAAACUCGAGGCUACAAUUGAGGAUUUUCAGGGAGUUGCUUACCGAUAUACAGAAUAACUCCCUUUGGAGUGACGUUGUGCUUAGUAACUUUGCAGAUCCUUUCACGUGCUUAAACAGCAACAUGCUAAAGAAAGUUGAAAAUGUAAAAAAAGCAUAAUAGGUCCUCUUUAGACACAAUUAUCACAUACUGAAAGCAUUGUGAAAUUCUUCAGAUUUAAUAAUAGCAAAUACCUUAUUUGCAAAGCUUUCACACCAUACACUCUUAAAAAUAAAUGUUCUUUAUUGGCUUUGAUGGUUCCAUGAAGAACCUUUAACAUCCACUGAAACUUUCCAUUCCACAAAAGUUUCUUUAUAGUGGAAAAAGGUUGUUUUUUACACUAAGAAAGAAAAUGGUUCUUUUAAGAACUAUAUACAUUCUUAAAAAUAAGCGUUCUUUAUUGGUAUUAAAGUGUCCAUGAAGAACCUUUAACAUUGGAACCGUUCCAUUGGACAAAAGUUUCUUUAUAGUGGAAAAGGGUUCUUUAGAUGUUCUUCAUACUAAGACAGAAAAUGG